AUGAGGUUUAGAUGCUUACUUAAACAUAGGGUACUUCACUACUCACCAGAAAAAGCUGCCAGUAUAAUUAACUCAUGUACCAUAUUACAUAAUAUUAGCAUUUCUAAUAAAAUACCAAUAAUUAGAAAUAUAGAAGACUCGACUGAUAUAGAUUUAGGUAAUAUAGACAAUGAUCCAGAAGUUGCACAAAUAGUCAACAGAAUUAAUCCAGAACUCACUGCUGGAAAACGGAUGCAACAAACAAUAUUUUCAAUAAGUCCAGAAAAUUCACAAAUUAUUAUAUACCAAUAG